AUGAUGUAUCUUACUAUUGUUUGUGUCAUGAUCUUGUGGACAUGUCCAUACGCUGCCAUGUCAAAAACAUUGCAUGAAUCAUCUGUUGUUGAAGCACACCAACAAUGGAUGAUUAAAUAUGGACGCAAAUACACAAAUAAUGAUGAGAUGGAAAAACGCUUGCAGAUAUUUAAAGAAAAUUUAGAAUACAUAGAGAAGUUCAAUAACGCGGGUAAUAAGAGUUACACGCUUGGCCUCAAUCAAUUUUCUGAUUUAACUUCUGAAGAGUUUACGGCUACAUAUACUAGAAAUAAACUUCCAAGCCAACUUUUUUCCUCCAAAAUGAUAUCAAAUACAAAAUUAUUCAAUGUGAGUGAUGAAGUUCCAACAAACUUUGAUUGGAGGCAACAAGGAGCGGUCACCGAUGUUAAGAGACAAGGCACUUGUGGAUGUUGUUGGGCUUUUGCAGCGGUGGCAGCUGUAGAAGGUAUUGUCAAAAUCAAAACUGGCAAUUUAAUUUCAUUAUCAGAGCAACAAUUGGUUGAUUGUGAUUACAAGAGUAGAGGUUGCAUCGAUGGACACAUGGAAUACGGCUUCGAAUAUAUAAUACAAAACCAUGGUAUUGUUAAAGAAAGUGAUUAUCCAUUCCAGGAAAAAAAACAAACCUGCCAAAUAAAUGGUAAUAUACAACCAGCAGCUCAGAUAAGUAAAUGGCAAUCUGUAACUUCCAAUGAUGAAGAACAAUUACUGCAGGCUGUGGUACAACAACCGAUAGGAGCUCUUAUCGCAGUCGGUGGGGAAUUUUAUGCAUACAAAGAAGGAAUAUAUUCAGGAUCAUGUGGAAAAUUUAUUAACCAUGCGGUAACGAUAAUUGGUUACGGUGAAAGUGAAGGGAAGAAAUAUUGGUUGAUUAAGAAUUCAUGGGAUAAAGGAUGGGGUGAGAAUGGAUACAUGAGGUUGCUAAGAGAAGGUGAUGGAACUUCAGGUCAUUGUGACAUGGCUACAUAUGUUGCUUACCCUGUUGUUUAG